CACUCCAGCCAGCCAUUUCGCUGCCAACCAACGCAAACCCCAAUUCUCACAGAAUCUCGAAGCAGAGCAACAAUGCCGGCAAUGGCUUCUCCAUGGGGCAAACCAGGCGCUUGGGCGCUAGAUUCCGAGGAACACGAAGCUGAACUCCUCAAAGAAGAGCAGGAGCAGCAGCAGCAGCAGCAGAAGAAGGCGGAGCUCAGCCUGGAUUUUCCGUCCCUCAACGACGCCUUGGCCACCAAGCAGAAGAAGAAAGGGCAAACUCUCUCGUUGGCGGAGUUCACCGCCCAUGCAGGUAGCGGCUCGAAAUAUUCUUCGCAGGGCCGCACUCAUGAAGAUGUAUUGGUACUUCCUACCGGCCCUCGCGAACGCACGGCGGAGGAGCUAGACCGGAACAAGCUUGGUGGUGGAUUUAGGAAUUAUGGCUCGAAUGGUUCUUAUGAGAGGAGUAACAGGUAUUCGAAUGGGGAUGAUUCGUCUAACUCGAAGUGGGGUUCGUCUAGGGUCUCUGAUGAAAAUAGGAGGAAUGAUGGUGGAUUUAAUAGGGGGGAUUCGAGUAAGGAAUUUGUACCUUCUAGGGCUGACGAAGUCGAUAAUUGGGCUUCAACUAAGAAACCAAUGGCUGGAAAUGGAUUUGAGAGGAGGGAUAGAGGAUUAGGGUUUUCGGAUUCGCAAUCCUCAAAAGCCGACGAAUCUGAGAGUUGGGUUUCUAAUAAGAGCAAUGUUCCAUCGGAUGCAAGGAGAUUUGGGGCUAACGGCGGAUUUGAAAGAGAGCGACGAGGAGGGUUCCCCGCGAGCGGCGGCGGUGCGGAUUCAGACACUUGGGGGAGGAAGAAAGAUGAAGGUAAUAUUAGCGGCGGCGGCGGUGGUGGUGCGGAUUCAGAUACUUGGGGGAGGAAGAAAGAUGAAGGUAAUUCUGGCGGCGGCGGUGGUGGUAGUCGGCCAAAGCUUAAUCUGCAGCCACGUACGCUGCCGGUGAACGAUGUGAAGUCGUCGGAGAUAUCAGGGACGACGGCGAGGUCCAAGAGUUUGAAUCCGUUUGGAGAGGCGAGGCCGAGGGAAGAGGUUCUAGCUGAGAAAGGACAUGAUUGGAAAAAACUUGACGAGGAGUUAGAGUUGAAGAUUAAGGAAGUGUCGAUGGAGAAGACUGAAAAAUCCAACCCCAUUGGGAAAAAGAGCUUUGGCAAUGGAACUGCUCGUGCUGCUGAGGACAGAACAGAGAGGAGCUGGAGGAAGCCGGAGUCGCCUGAGGAGUCACCGGAGGACAGUGUGGAGGACAACGAAAAUGGUGAAGGCGAAGUCGAAGAGGACGGGAACAAGAACGAAGCUUGAUGAAUGUAUUACUGAGAGAUUGAAAGACAGACAUGGAAGUCAGUGAAAGUUUUGUUCUAUAGACAACAUUCUCUAAUGUUGCUUUAUAACUUUUCCAGGGAAACAAUUUUGAUGUGUUGUUGGUGGUAGUUCUUGAGUCAAUGUGGUCAGUUUACUGUAAUGUUUUUAAGCUGAAGUACUACUGUGUUAACCUUAUUGUUCUAAUCUCAUGUCGUGUUUCGUCUAUA